CAGGAUACUAAUUAUCUCUUAUCCCUCGUACCAAACUCGGGGUUUAGCAUAUUCCCUAUAUUUUCAUCAAUUUGGUUUUGUGUUUUUUCUUUUUUUGGCAUUUUUCUUUCGAUUCCGAAAUCUGCAAAGUGCAGCAUUCUGUUGCAAAACCCUUUUUUUUUUCGCCAAACACAAGAAAUACAGUCGUCCACGUACCAAAGUACCCUGUGCAUCUGUAUUGACUUGGGAUCUUGGAGAAACUCAUUGAGGGUCUGUGAAAAAUCACUUCUUUGGUGCGUAGAAUUGAACAUCUGCUGGGUCAUAGCAAAAGGAGGACACCAUGGAUGUUGAUUCACAGCAGACUAUGGAGGAAACCAUCCUGGUGGGUGAUGAUCUGAUGAUGGGCCCUCCAUCACCAGUCAUUCCACCUGAGAUAGCGUCUCAUGUACUUGAAGGUGUUGAUCUCUGUGACGGAAUCUUGAGGAAUCUCUUCCUCUGCUUACAAAUCAAUGAUAUCGAGCCAUUCUGUCAGGAUGAGAUUGCUUUAUAUCGGCAAUGUGCAGAGAGAAGGGAUAAGGCGCUCAGGCAACGCCUUCAAGAUAGUGAACAGAAAUUAGGGAUGUCAAUGCCUCUUGAUCAAGCAAAGGAAAGAGCCACUCAACUAGAAUCAGAAGUCACAUCACUGGAGAGGCACUUAAUUUUGGCUAGUGGAGUUGAAGGUAUGGAAGGUUUUCGGCAACGAUGGAGUCUACAUGGUCGCGUAACUGAUAUCAAGAGAAGGCUGGAGGCUCUGAAGGGGGGAAUGGAGAACAGAAAGAAGGAUGAGCCGGCUGAAAAUAUCUCUACCAAGAAAAAAUGGUCCUUCUGGUGAAAACAAUAGUUACUCCUCCUUCACCAUCCAACAAAUUGUUGUUUUUGUACUCUUUUAUCGUCAUUGUUAUUUCGUUUUACACAUGUGAAUCCAAGAUUUGAAGAUUUAGGGUUCCUACAGCAACCUCAUGUUAGUAUACAAUAAUAUUUGGGUUCACAGUUAAAGAUGAAUAUAGAUAUUCAGUGAAUUUCUUGAUAUGUACAUGCUCUGUGCAAAAAUACUUGGAUUCA